AGAGAUUAGAAAGUCCAAGCAAUAAAUCAUAUUCAAAAUGCCGAAACCUCUCGUCAAAUCCUGCUGCCUGUGUCAGUCGACACGUAAUGGCUCCAUUAUAUCAGGAACUUUGGCCAUCAUUCUAUCCAUCAUCACGAUAAUUGUGAUAUUCACAGCACGCGUGCAUUUCAAGACGAUUAUCUUUGACUUCAUACCAAACAACAUAGUGAAAAUCAUUCUGGUGGUAAAUCUAUGCAUGACCAUAUUGAUAUCAUUGCUAAUGAUGUUCGGCGUUGUCAAGCGCAAUCACUAUCUGAUGGUUCCGUGGGUGGUGCUGGGCAUAAUGAUUGCCAUUGGCUUGCUCAUUUCUGUAAUUUACACUGCCGUCGUCUUCUUCAUCGACGGCUUCGUACUGACGGGCGUUCUGUGGCUAAUCUUCGGGCUGAUCUGUUGCGCUAUACUCACAUAUUGCUGGUGUGUCGUCUACAGUGAGUACGCAAAUCUGGCCGAGGAGAGCGAACGUGGGCGGUACAACAAGCAGCCGUACCGUCGUUGAUCGACUUUAUAGAUCAGAAAGAUCUAUAUUAUCUGUUAGUUGAUAAUAAACUAAAAUAAAACUGCUUUUGUUCGUAAUUAGAUCAUAUGUUUAACUAAUAAUUUUAAUUUAAUUAUUUAAUAAUGCGUACCCCAUUUGGCAUAUACGAAUACAUAGUGUAGUUAAGU